AUGAAUAAAGAAAAUUCUGAAGUUCUAAAAGAAAAAGCCAAGUCCGACCCUACUUAUAUUGAAGAUGAGGGAUAUAUUAGUGACAAUGAAGAAAAUUAUACUUCUACUCCUUCUUCUGAGAUGAUUGCUCCGAAAAAGGAAAAUGAUGAGGGAAUUGUUGAUAAUUUAGAUAAAUUACCACCUUCUGUUGUUCAAAAGAUAAAAGAUUUAGAAAAUAGCGUAAAUAAUAAGGAUUUAGAGAUUAAAGAGUUGAAAAAUACUAUUCAAGAAUUAAAAAAAGAGAAAAAAUCUAUUAAUAAUCAAACACAAAACCUUUUAAGUACUGAUGGCUUAGUUAAAACAAAGAGCAGUUGGCGUUCCAAAAGAGAUAAUGUUCUUAAAGUAUUAAAUGAUAAUUUUACUCCCGAAGAGAUUAAAAAAGAGUUUGGUGAUAUUUAUAAAGGUUGA